AUGCUAAGAGGAAACUCACAUCUCAAAACAAACAAUACUGAGUCUGACAGAGUUCGAAGGAAGAGAUAUAGAGAUUAUAAGAUGGGCGGAGAUAAAGGAACUGUCUGCGUCACAGGAGGGACCGGCUACAUCGGCUCCUGGCUGAUCAAGGUGCUUCUUGAGCAGGGUUACGCUGUUCAUACCACUAUUAGACCUGACCCAGGAAACAAGAGGGACGUUAGCUUCCUCACUACCCUCCCAGGAGCAGAUGAAAGGCUUAAAAUCUUCAGAGCAGAUCUUAGUGAUCCGGAGACUUUCGGUGCAGCCAUCGAGGGAUGCAAAGGAGUUCUCCAUGUUGCCUCUCCCAUGGAUUUCCAAGACAAUGAACCUGAGGCAGUAGUGACCAAAAGGGCAAUCGAUGGAGCACUAGGCAUCCUGAAGACAUGCUUAAGAUCAAAAACAGUGAAGAGGGUUGUCUUCACUUCUAGUAUUGCCUCAGUGUAUUUCAACAAGAAGGACGUAGACAUGAUGGAUGAGAGUUUUUGGACUGAUGUGGAUUACGUUAGAGAACUUAAGUCAUACGUAAGCUCUUAUGCGAUUACCAAGACUUUGACAGAAAAAGCAGCUCUUGAAUUUGCAGCAGAACAUGGAAUGGAUCUGUUGACGGUCAUUCCUCCUUUGGUUGUCGGUCCCUUCAUCUGUCCGAAGUUAACUGGUUCAGUGCGCGCAGCAUUGGCUCCGAUUCUAGAGAGUUCGAAGGAAGAGAGAUAUAGAGAUCAGAUGGGAGGAGAUAAAGGAGCUGUCUGCGUCACCGGAGGGACCGGCUUCGUCGGCUCGUGGCUGGUCAAGGUGCUUCUUGAGCAGGGUUACACUGUUCAUACCACUAUUAGACCUGACCCAGAAAACAAGAGAGACGUUAGCUUCCUCACCAGCCUUCCGGGAGCAGAUGAAAGGCUUAAUAUCUUCAGAGCCGAUCUUAGUUGUCCGGAGAGUUUCGGUGCAGCCAUUGAGGGAUGCAAAGGAGUUCUCCAUGUUGCCUCUCCCAUGGAUUUCCAAAACAAUGAACCUGAGGCAGUAGUGACCAAAAGGGCAUUCGACGGAGCACUAGGCAUCCUGAAGACAUGCUUGAGAUCAAAAACAGUGAAGAGGGUUGUGUUCACUUCUAGUAUUGCCUCAGUGUAUUUCAACAACAAGAAUGUAGACAUGAUGGAUGAGAGUUUUUGGACUGAUGUGGAUUACGUUAGAGAACUUCAGUGGUACGUAAGCUCUUAUGCGAUUACCAAGACUAUGACAGAAAAGGCAGUUCUUGAAUUUGCAGCAGAACAUGGAAUGGAUCUGGUGACGGUCGUUCCUCCUUUGGUUGUCGGUCCCUUCAUCUGUCCAAAGUUAACUGGUUCUGUGCGCGCAGCAUUGGCUCCGAUUCUAGGGAAUAAGGAUGAUUACAGUCUUCUUCUCAAUGUAGCGAUGGUGCAUAUUGAUGAUUUGGCAAGGGCAUUUAUCUUCCUGCUCGAGCAUCCUGAGGCAAAAGGGAGGUACAAUUGUUGCUCGGACACAGUAACUGCUCAAAAGAUAGUUGAAAUUCUUUCUGCUAAUUACCCAGAAUACACACUUCCAAUAGUAGAAUGCCUAGAAGAAAUUGAAGGUCCUAAAAUGCCUGGUUUGUCAUCAAAGAAACUCUUGGAUUUGGGUUUCAAAUUUAAGUAUGGGGUUAAGGAUAUGUACGAUGGAGCUAUCAAGUGUUGCAAGGAGAAAGGGUUUCUCUAG